AUGUUGGCUUCGAAAUUCAAUAAUGAUUCUAAAGUUUCAGUGAAUUCUAAAAGACUGUCUGCAAUGUUAGACUCGUUAGAAGACGACGAUGCAGUAACAUUUACAACCUCUAAUGCGAACAAAGCGCCAUCAAAAGCAAUUGAAUCAUCAGAAAGUUCUGAUUUGAUACAGCAUGUCAAACUCGCUACUUCUACAGAGAAUUCGAACAGUUCUAAUAGUUCAGGUAAUUCAUAUGAUAAUACACAAACCUCUAAUACUGUGAAUUCACUCAGUCCAGCUACUAUCGGGACUUCAAAUGCACAAAAUAAUAGAAACAGUUUGAUCUCGAACUAUUCCGGGGUGAUUGAUGAACGUACUGAAAUCUCUUUUAUUGUUCAAAACGAGGCAAAUGAACAGGAAAAUAAUUUAGAUAAUAUUCAUUCGAAACAUCUCAUUUCAGCUAAAAAUUCGAUCAAAAGAAAUACAUCUUUGAGACUAACACAAAUACAAGGUCAUAAAAAAGAUAUGUCUUCCAUUGCAUCUGGAAAUAUGGCUAGUGAAAGUGGUUCAUCUGCCUAUUAUAACAUAGAAAAAGAACACGAAGUUGAGAUUGAGAAACCAUUAAAUAAGACUGAAUUAUCUGAUAAUUCAGUAAAUAUAGAGGUUCCUCGAAGAAAUAAAAAUAGACCAAUGUCCAGAAUAUUAUUAGAACAUAAUUUAGAAGAAAUUGAAAAUCAGCUCAAAAAUGAAUUGGAUGAUAUGACUAAAAUAGACUCACCAAGCAACCUGCAUGUUCCAAUAAUACCUGAGAGUAAGAAUUCAAGCACAGUGGAUGUGUUUUAUUCGGCAACAAGUCUUACUAAUCAUAACAAACACGAUGAUCUUCCAAAUAGCAUAAUUGAUGAAUCGUACCUCGAGAGACCUUUACCAAAGUCUCCAUAUGCAAACAAUUUUCAAGCAUCAUCGACUGAGCGACUACAUAGUGAGACUCCAGAACUUUCCCAUGAUAUAACAAUUACUCGUGCCGAUAAUAACACUGAUAAUUAUGUUGAUCAAAACGAUAAUGAUGAUGAUUAUGAAGAUAUAGUAGAUGAAGCUUAUCCUGAUGAUAAAAAUAUACAGUCUACUCCUCAAAGUAAGAUCAUUGGUAAUCAAGAUAGUACAAAUACAAGUUCAAAAAACUCUUUUGGAAAUAACGUCAAGGAACCUAGUGUAUCGGGUUUCAAUAUCAAAACAUUGCAACUAUUAGUUGAUGCUUCGAAACAGAACUGCUUAGGAAAUGAAUUCAUGGAUCUAGGUAUGAAAGAACAGGAGAAACAAUCGUUACAACAUUUAAUCGAUGCAUUGUCAAGAUUGACAGCCGAUAUGGUUCUUGAUCCAACUAAAUAUGAGCAAGGUUUAGAAAGACUGAAGAAGGCCACCAGAUCACUAGAAGGAUUUUAG